AGCUGACGUCACAAAGUGUUGGGAGGGAUGGGUUAACAGCAGGGGGUCUGCUGUGAUAUGGGGCUCAAAGGGGAGAAGGCUUAAGGGGGGAAAGGGUGCAAAGUGUGCCCAGGGCCUAAACGGUCUCCAUCUUCAACUCCAAAGGCCUGGCCAUAUCAAAAACAUAAGCAAGAAUGGCAUCUGAACAGCAGAGAAGUACAUCUAUUGAAGAGACAAUAAAGGCACAGGAAAGGGAGUUGGCAAUAACUGAAACCCUGUGGGACCAGGUGCUAACAGCCUUUAAGGGCAUCCAAAAGGAGCUUCAGGAAGAUGCUCGGAUUCGAGGCAUGAGCAACCGUUCUGUGACAUCCAUGCCACCUGCACCCCCCAGGACUGGAAGCUUCAAGCCUCCAGAUUUCUCUACAGCCCCAAAUAAGGAUCACAGGUCAACUCUGGAGAGUAGCCAUCAGAAGCAAUUCUUACAACCCAAGGAUGUUAACUAAAUGACCAGUCAACCUUCUACCCUAGACUCUAACUCUGUCAUCAAGGAAGGACUCCCGUGUUUCUUCCAGCUUCUACAUUCUUUCCUCCCCCUUUUCUGCAACAUCCCCUAAGCCUUAGCAGGGGUGGUAUAAAUAUCCUGUUUAGAGAUGAACACUCAACUGUCACAUUCUCUUUGAGCACCUGGAGUGGCCAUGCAUCUUUUCAUUGAUCACCAUUCAUUGCAGAGAGACACCUCUGACUAAAGGGCUCAACUCAGUUGCCUGAUAAACAAAGCAUACGAGACAGACAUCCUCAUUACCAGAGUCUACAGCAGCAACUGGGAACUUGGAAAUCAACUGAGAGCCAGGGACAUCUUAACUGCCAAGCAAAGAAUCCAUCAGAUAAACAAUGAAGCAAAUAAAUGUGAUGUAAACAA